CGAAAGCUCCCUUUUUCUCUGUCUCUUUCUCCUCUAUUGCCAUCUUUGCGUUUUACAUGCACACAAUGGUUGACUUUAAAUAAGAUCUUAUUAGAUCAUUAAGGAGAUUGUGUUUUGGUUUGGUUGGAGGAACCAAUAAUGGGUUUGGAAGAUGAGAAGAAUAAAGAAGAAGCCUCGGGAGAGAUAUCAGAGAAAGAAAAUCGGCUAAGCAGAAUGAACAGCGAAAGCUCUUUGUCUCCAACAGAAGAUGAUGAAGAUGACGAUGAGAGGAAGCCCGCACUCGGUCCCAUGAUUGCUCUCAAAGAACAGCUCGAGAAAGAUAAGGAUGAUGAAAGCUUGAGGAGAUGGAAGGAGCAGCUUAUUGGCGUCGUGGAUUUCGAAGAUGUCGGAGAGACACCGGAUCCUGUCGUAAAGAUUCUACACUUGACAGUUAGGUCUCCAGAUAGAGAGGAGAUGGUAUUGACAAUACCUGAUGAUGGAGUGCCAAACCCGAAAGGCCCUUGGUUCACCAUAAAAGAAGGAUCUAAGUACACACUUGUCUUCAACUUCCGUGUCACAAACAAUAUUGUUUCUGGCCUUCGUUAUAACAAUACCGUUUGGAAAACCGGUGUCAAGGUGGAUAGUACGAAAGCAAUGCUUGGGACGUUUAGUCCUCAAGCUGAGCCUUACCAACAUGUAAUGCCUGAAGAAACAACGCCGUCUGGUAUUUUUGCUAGAGGAUCCUAUUCCGCAAGGACUAAGUUUAUUGAUGACGAUAAUAAGUGCUACUUGGAGAUCAACUACACCUUCGACAUCCGCAAGAAUUGGCAAUGA